CUGGUCCCUCCCCCGGCGCGGGCACGUCGGCGCGCGGGGUGGGUGUGACGCAGUUGCCCAUGGUAACCGCGGGCCGCGCCGAGGAUGGGUUUACUGUCAAUCCUGCGCAAACUAAAAAGCACCCCAGACCAGGAGGUGAGAAUCCUCCUCUUGGGACUGGAUAAUGCAGGCAAGACCACGCUCCUGAAACAGCUGGCAUCAGAGGACAUCAGCCACAUCACCCCAACACAGGGCUUCAACAUCAAAAGUGUACAGUCUCAAGGCUUCAAACUGAACGUAUGGGACAUAGGCGGACAGAGGAAGAUCAGACCAUACUGGAGGAACUAUUUUGAAAACACUGAUAUCCUUAUCUAUGUCAUUGACAGUGCAGAUAGGAAGAGGUUUGAAGAAACAGGUCAGGAGCUGGCUGAGCUUUUGGAUGAAGAAAAGCUUAGCGGAGUCCCCGUGCUGAUAUUCGCUAACAAGCAGGAUUUGCUGACGGCUGCCCCUGCGUCGGAGAUUGCCGAGGGACUGAACCUGCACACGAUCCGGGACAGAGUCUGGCAGAUCCAGUCUUGUUCAGCUCUUUCGGGAGAGGGAGUACAGGGCUCUCUGCCCUCCCUGGGCAGCACCUGGCUGAAAACCACCUGGACAACUGUCUGGGGCCAGCCAGAAACGCCUGCCCGCGAUCAACGCAGCCCCGGCCCCUCUGCUGGCAGCGGCGCACCAGGGCUCCGUCCUUCCAGCGCUGCCAGCUUCACCCUCCCUUGAAGUGAGGCUGGGGGAGCCAGGCGGCUCACUGGUAUGGGUGGAGCUCUGCCACACGUCGCAUCCAUUCCUGGAGUUUUAAAGCCAGGAGGGACCGCUGUGUUCCUCUGUCCUGACCUCCCGCGUAACACAGCCCCACCCCGCCGUGGUGACUCAGGGCUGAGCCGGAGCCCCUGUGGUGGGAAGAAACCCAGCCAUGAUUUAAAGGCUCCGAGUGACAGGCAGACCUCGGGAUGUUUGUCACAGGGGUUAAUUCCCUUCCCGUGCUUCACUUUCACGUCGUUAAAUCUGGUUCUACCUUUGCGACAGAUGAAAGAAUCUUCUCCUGCUCCUGCCCCAUUCGUUCCCUGGAGGGGAGAGGUGCUGGAGAAGUGAAAUUCUCCAAAGGCAUGUCAGAAAACCUGAGUCCAAGGCCCUGCUCUGACCAUGAGUGGGGUGUGGGGAUUCAUGUCCUCCCCCAGCUGUGGCUGUGUCCUCCACCGCAGCGUCCCUGGAGAAUGUCUCUCCUGCCCCUGGAGAAUGCUUGCCAAAGCGUCUUGCAACCUUCUCCCAUUUUUCCCACUACCUAUGAUGUUUCUUGCACAUUAAUGACUUCUCUCUGUCAAAACUAUAACUGGUCCCCCAGACUCUUUUUAUGAAAUGUGCUGGGAUGAGACCAGCCCACUCCAACAUGCUCACUCUUCUCCACAAGCAAAAGAUGGCGGCUGUUGCAUUCCCUGGGCCGGCCAGGUCCACGCAAGCUCUUUCUUUUAUGUUCCCUUUUUGUAUUUCACCAAAAAGGGAUAUUUGCAAUAUCUGGUCAUGUUGUUACUCAGUGUAUAAUUUAGAUGUCUUUGUCAAAAAAAAAAAAAGGAAAUAAAUUAAAAUUUA